UUCAUCUUUAAAACAGUUUAGCCUGGAUACAACUGCUGGAAUAAAUUUUUUGUGACCGCGUGGUUACCAUGGAGAAUUCCCGAAAAGCCCGAACUAAAGUGUUCCAGAAACGGCGCAUUUUAUCAAUCGCCAAAAAGUUGGAAAUUAUAGAGUAUUUUGAUAAAUCGAAACUAGGCUUAAGCGAUGUAGCCCGGGAGUUGAAUCUACCGCGACAGUACUUAGCUAAUUUGUUAAAAGAUAAGCAAAAGUAUCGACAAUACGUUUCCGAAGGCCGUAACAUUAGGUUCAAAAACAGAAGUGUGCUUCGAAAACAUCUGCCACUGGAGAAUGCAAUGAAGCUCUUUGCUUACCAAGCAAUGAACAACAACGUAAAACUAACUGUUUCGGAUAUUUCGAACAAAGCGCUUAUAUUUGGAAUCAAACUUGGACUGAAAGAUUUUAAAGCUUGCGGAGGAUGGGUCGCAAAGUUUGUCCAACGACACAAAGUACAUGUGACGAAUGCACACAAGAAAAAUUCCAGCUAUGAACCAGCGAAACACGAAGAAAUUUCACCCACUCAGCUGGAACUUAUUGGCCAAUACUGUACAAAAGAUAUUUACUCCAUAGCAAAGUUUGGGUUGUUCUAUAAAUGCUUACCAGAGCACACGGAUAUUUUGUAUUCAAAAACCUGUCGAGAUGGCUCACUUUCUGAGCAACGUUUCACCGUCGUUUGUUCUGCCAAUAUGGACGGCACUGAAAAGCUACCGCUUCUGGUGAUUGGAGAUGAAAAGCAACCGGCCUCCUUCAAGUAUUUGCAGUCGCUGCCAGUGGACUAUACAAGUGCUUGCAAAUCGUGGAUGAAUUGGGACGUGUUCCGAAGUUGGAUUUUAAAGUUGGACGCAAAGUUUCAAAAGGAUGGAAGAAACGUGUUGGUUUUCGCCCAGGAUUAUGGUAACCUCAAACAUACACUGCAAAACCAGCUGAAGGCAAUCAAUUUACAGUUUUUGUCAACGCCGUUCAAAAAGCGGCCGUUUGAUUACGGUGUAAUAACAGAGUUGAAAAGAAGUUAUCGACACAACAUCGUGAAAUGGUCUCGGGAAAAUUACGAGCAAACGAAACCUAGAUGCUUGACAACGUUGGAUUCCAUUGACAUGUUGGCUCGGUGCUGGACUAUUGGCGUAAGUCCAGAAACAAUACAGAAUGGAUUUAAAAAGACAGGUUUUCCUAUCAACGAUGAGGAUCCGUUGGACGCCACAUUCCACCUUUCCGAGGGAGUUGAGGCCAAGGCAAAUAUGGAACCAUGGUUCGAUAAAUACUGCGCUGUAGAUCGAAAUGUAGCGUGUCAGGGCGUUUUAAGUGAUGCCGAUAUUUUGCAAAUCGUAAAAGGGGAAGGCAAUGUUGAGGCAAGCUGCGCAGAGAACUAUUCCGAAGAUGGGGAGUCCCGAGAGCCUACCAUUCAAUCGGAUCUUCAAACUGCAAUUGAAGAUUUAUCGCGAUCUUUACAGCAUAUUAAAAACGUUCCAACGUGUAUGUUUGAACAUCUUAACGUAGUUGAAGAUUUUUUCGAACAACGAGGAAAAUUGAAAGGCAUUUGAAAACAGGACACGAUAGUUGAAA